AUCGCCAAUCAGGGCAUUUCCCGCGUCACCAUUACCACCCCUAACUCGCCCGGCCACCCUAAGGCCUAUUUAGUCUAACUCUCGCUCGCUCGCCUUGGCCGCCCACUCAUCUGUCCAACCCUUCCUCUACCCGUUCUCCUUAUAGAACACCCACGACCUUGGCGUCGAACUUGCCAAAGCUUAUACAUCGAUGAAGGAAAGCUCAACUGACGAGGCCCUUUCUGUAGAUCGCAUACGCUCCUGGGCACAAGAUCACGCGUAUGGAGGCUCCAACGAACCCACGCCGUCCAGCCACAACGAACCCGUCCCUGUGGUAGAUAGCAACAACGACUCACAGUCGAGGCUCAAGGGGAAUAGCGAUGCCGCCACUAACGGUCCUGGCCGCCAUCAACCUCCUCUCGCCGGCGGUCCGGGGCCUCGAAACGCGUCAGGGCCGGCGUCGGAUGGCGAGAAGGCCGGUAAUCCAGUUGCACCGAUACCUGAAAUUGAGGGGACGGGGCCUGUCGUAGACGGCUCCGGAGGAAACAAGAAACCCAACAUCAUCAUCGAAACCUACCUGGAAUUCAAGAAGGUCCUCCUCCACAGCUGGAUCAACGUGUUCCUAAUCUUCGUCCCCGUCGGGAUCAUCAUCGCGAAUAUCCCGCAGAGGAAUUCCGGAGCCACUUUCGGUGUCAAUGCCGUCGCUAUCAUUCCCCUCGCCGCACUCCUCAGUCACGCUACGGAGUCCGUAGCUCGAAAGAUGGGAGAUACCAUCGGCGCGUUGCUCAACGUGACCUUUGGCAAUGCUGUCGAAUUAAUCAUCUUCAUCAUCGCCCUAGUCAAGGGAGAGAUUCGCAUCGUCCAGGCCUCCCUGCUCGGGUCGAUUCUCGCGAACUUGCUGCUUAUUCUAGGCAUGGCCUUCUUCCUAGGCGGUCUCCGAUUCCGAGAGCAGAUUUACAACAGCACCGUGACACAGAUGAGUGCGUGUCUGCUCAGCUUAAGCGUGAUUAGCCUCAUGCUACCCACCGCGUUUCAUGCGUCGUUCAGAGACAAGGCGGAAGCGGAUAGCGAAUCUCUCAAGAUAAGUCGCGGUGUUAGCAUUAUCCUUCUGUUGGUAUAUGUUGUCUACCUUCUGUUUCAGCUUAAGUCGCACGCAUAUAUGUACGAGUCGACUCCUCAACAUAUCAUCGACGAGGAAGCAUCACCGGGACCCGCCGCCGCAUGGCUCGAGUCCUCUGAUUCGGACUCGAGCUCCUCGUCGGACUCCGACUCUGACAAUUCCGGACACUCUCGAGAGACCAUGUCGAAGCGUAUCAAGCGAACCAUCCGCGGGCAUCGUCGCAGAAAGUCGAGCGUGGCAUCUUUAGACACGGAUGAUGGCACCCGAACCCGCACUUCGUCGCUCGGAACGAACAGCGCUAGUCCCGCUCAUGAAAGUUCCAAGUCUGGCGAUUCCAAUGGCCACGGCUUCUUUCCGCGGGUGAAUUCUCAGGGUAGCGAAGAGGUCAUCAAGGAAGAAGAGGAUGCCGAGGCUCCUCGCAAACGGCACAAGCGAUCCAAGCGGAAGCAUCGCCGACGUGCGAAGAAAGCCGCCGGCCAAGCGGAUCCCGAAGCUCACUCGGAUAACAUCGCGGGUCUCGCGUCGGACGCGGUGCGAAGUCCAGUGGCAACCGACGGGGAGCCACGCCGAGUUGAUUUCGCAGAUGCGGUUACUAAUAUCGAUGGCCAGUCAGAAGCGGCCCCGCCCGGGGCCAGGCGGCCUUUCAACCAACUACGCAGCAUCUCGAUAGCCAAGAGCUUCACGCCGACCGUUUUCACGCAGCAGCCCGAGUCUAGUGUGCUACCUACGGGAGCCAUGGGCCCCGUGCCGCGGGUCCGAUACGGAAUCCGCAGGACGAAUUCCCUCCCGGAGCGACUCAACCGGUACCAGUACCGACCCCCCGGCGCUAUGAUGCCCUCGCAGGUCCCGGUGUCAGUCUUGACUGGUAGCCCUAGUGAACCGGGCAAAGAGCACGAGGACGACUUGUCGCGCGGUGCCGCCAUCAUCAUGCUGCUAGUCUCGACGGCGCUGGUAGCGACGUGUGCCGAAUUCAUGGUAGAUGCGAUCGACGACGUAGUAGAGCAUAGUGCGCUCAAGGAAACUUUUAUCGGCUUGAUCAUCCUCCCCAUUGUUGGGAAUGCGGCAGAGCAUGUGACGGCGGUCGCGGUGGCCAUGAAAAACAAGAUGGACCUGGCAAUCGGCGUGGCAAUCGGCAGCUCGAUUCAGAUCGCCCUCUUCCUGACACCGCUGGUGGUGAUGAUCGGCUGGAUGAUCGGCCAGCCGAUGACGCUGUACUUCACUCUCUUCGAGACGGUCUGCCUCUUCGUGUCGGCCUUCAUCAUUAAUUUCUUGAUCCUGGACGGACGAAGUAACUAUCUCGAGGGCGCGUUGCUCUGCGCAACAUACGUCAUCAUCGCGGUGGUUGCCUUUUUCUAUCCGGAGGGGGACGCGGCCGGCGCUCUGGGCGCUUAGCAUGGCGCUUAGCUCUCGUCUAAGACGGCCGCUACCCCGGCCUCGGGAAGUGUGCGGUGUAGAAAGCAGAAAAGGAAGGGGUUGAAGGGGCUGAGGGCAGAAUCCGUAGGGGCAGCUUCGGGUCGGUAGCUAGGGCAAGGAUUCGGGCAACUAUGAGUAGACGAGGGGAGUUUACGGGGAUGAUUAGG